AUGUUUCAAAAGCAGACAUUCGGUACAACAACUUCGGGCUUCGGCUCGUUCAACUCUGGGGCUAGCACGUCUUCCCCGUUUGGGGGCUUCAAAACCGCAACGGGGACGAGUGCGUUUGGGGCUCCGCCGGCUUUUGGCUCCACCCCAACGAAUACGGCCACAACUGGAGGAGGUCUCUUCGGCCAGACUAGCACCACCGGUGGCCUAUUUGGUGCGUCGACGUCUGCCAAUCCGACGCCGGCGUUCGGGUCCAGCGGCUUCGGAUCGUUCGGCAGCAAUGCGACCACUGGUGGAGGCCUGUUUGGAGGGAAUACCUCGUCCACGGGCCUCUUCGGAAACAAUCAGAACAACACGGCCUUCGGUGCGAAACCGGGUGGUUUCGGCUUCGGCAGCACCCCAACCGCUGGACCGUCAACUGGGGGUCUGUUCAGCUCCGGGGCGACCACUAGCACGGGCCUCUUCAGCCAACCCACUAACACCUUGGGGGGUACAGCCGCGUCCGGGGGGCUGUUUUCUAACACUGGUGGUGCCUUUGGACAGCAGCAAGCGAAUGGCACUGCGCAUGUCAAAUACCACCCGGUAUCUGGUACAGAUGUGGUGGUGAAGGGCGGUGCUUCCCAAACGGUGAACAUACGCCAUCACUGCAUCACCUGUAUGAAGGAAUACGAGACUAAAUCUCUCGAAGAACUCCGUCUAGAGGACUAUACAGCCGGCAGAAAGGGCAGCAGCAGCGGCGUAUUCGGAUUUCAGCAGCCGGCCGAUAACACGGUUAAACCGCUGUUCAAUACUUCUUUCGGUCAGCCAGCAACUACUACAGCGCCCAGCUUGUUUGGCGGCAGUAGUUUGGGAAACACCGGAGGGUUUGGCCAGACAAGUACCUUCUCCUUCGGUAACAACACUCAGAACACUACUACAACUGGACUGUUUGGCGCCAACAAGCCGGCAUUUGGGGCCACGCCCACCACAGGUACAGGUCUUUUCGGCGCUACAACGACCACGGCGCCGGCGUUUGGCACUACCACGUCCACUUUUGGCUUUGGGUCGACAACGCAAAACCAGCAAAGCGGAGGCCUAUUCGGCGCCAAGCCGACGACAGGCGCCUUCGGUAGCCCCGCGACCAGCGCCGGCUUUAGUUCCUUUGGGGGCGGUGGCCUGUUCGGGGCAAAGACUCAACAGACGACGGCGCCGACAUUUGGCACCGCUACGCCAGCGUUCGGUGCGACAUCUAGCGGCUUUGGAACAAGUACGUCGACUUCGCUGUUCGGCGGUGGCAGCACUUUUGGUAAACCGGCGACAACUCAGCCGUCCUUCGGAUUUAACUCUCAGCCGACAUUGGGUACUGGUCUAGGAUCGGGUCUCGGCACAUCCUUCCAGGCGAAGCCGACUUCGUUUGGGACAUCCCUGGGAACCGGGACGUCGCUGUUCCCGCAACAAAAUACGAACUUCCAGACAGGACUAAGUACUGGUCUCGGAGGUGGUCUUUUCAACAACAACACCGGCUUGGGUGGCGGUUUAGGUUUAGGGCAAAGUAGCACGAACACCAGUUUGAUGCCCGGUGGCAGUUUGGGCGCAUCUGUCGGGUCGAACGUUCACGAGCAGAUUUUGACGUUAGCGGCGCGACCCUACGGCGACUCGCCGCUCUUUAAGGACCUGCUGCCGGAUACAUCAACGACAGCAGAAGACGUGCUGAAACCGACAAAUCCAGCUGCAGUUAAGGCCGUCCUCGACAGCAGCAGUGCAGCGUAUAAGGUCACUUCACCGACCGCUGGGCGUCUGAAGGUUUUGCCUCGGCCCGUCACACAACAUAAGAAAUCCCUCUUCGACGGUCUCGAAGAAAGUGAUGCGAGCUUAGAAGACAAACUGACGCUGAAGCCCUCCAGAAAGAGGCUAGUACUUCGCCCCAAUCGGAGCUCGAUGGACAACAGCCAGACGAACAACAGAUCACUAGAAGAGCAGCAGCACCGGUCCAUUGAGAACACGCAGCAACAGAAGCAACCCCGGCAGGAGAACGGAGCGAUUGAAGUGGACAGCCCUAUCACGGCAGAGCGAGACGCAGAUAACUACAUCUCGAUAAAACACAAGAGCAGACUGCAAGAUCGAGAUAAUGAGCCCCAACUACGAGCAGACAAGCAGAACAGUUGGCCAUCAAGAACUUCAUGGACCGAAGAGAAACCAAUUGAAGGCGACACUCCAAGACUGUACCCGAAUUUAGAUAAAGAAUUACCAUCUAUGGAGUCAGAGAGGCGGGCUAGUUGGUUAACUACUAAACCACUUAGGAAGCCGUUGGUCUCAAAUCCGGAAAUGGUGGACAACUCGGUUCGAGAGCUCGGAGUGAGGGAUAGAUCGGUGUCGACGAUCGACAAGGAGAAUAUCGAUACUUUUUACAUAUCCGAAGAGGAGAAUGUGUCGACUCGUGACGCGCCCCCCCACCCGGCCGGGGUGAAGCUGACGAGACCCGGAUAUUACACGAUACCCAGUUUGGAGGAGAUGACUAAAUACAUUCGUCUUGAUGGCAGUUGUGUGGUGCCCCACUUGACCAUCGGUAGGAAGAAUUACGGAAAUGUCUUCUACGAUUGUGAGAUAGACGUGGCCGGUCUCGACCUGGACGCGCUAGUCCACUUCUUGAACAAGGAGGUUAUCAUCUAUCCCGAGGACAGUGAGAAGCCGCCGGUCGGCGAGGGGCUGAACAGGCGAGCUGUGGUCACACUGGAUAGGGUAUGGCCCCGGGACAAGACGGAGAAGAGACCUGUAACUGAACCGGAGAGAUUGUUAAAAAUGGACUACGAGGGCAAACUGCGUCGUGUCUGCGACAAAUACGACACGAAAUUCAUCGAAUAUCGCCCGCAGACCGGUAGCUGGGUGUUUAAGGUGGAGCAUUUCAGUAAAUACGGGCUGACAGAGUCCGAUGAAGAAGACGAAAUCGCGCCGGAGGUGAUGAAAAGACAGCUCGUCAAGCAAGCGCUGCAGAAAGCGGCUCCUAUUGCGCCUAAGCCCCCUGUGCCUGUAACGUCUACGCCGGGUCUCGGAGGCCUCGGCGGUGUCGGUCUCUCGGGGCCCAUGGGGGGUCUGGGAGGGUUGGGUCUCGGCGGCUCUUCGCUUACCGGUGACGAUAUGUUCCUGCAGACCUCACUAAAUUUGAUGAACGGGUCUAAAGGUUUUGAAAUGGACACAACUGAGGAUAACACUGAGGCACCGAGCUUGUACCAUGAAAGCAGAGCAUUCGGAGUAAAGAGUCCCACUUCUGAGUUGGCGAAACUGGAACACAGACAGAGUCACCACGUUCAGUUGAUGAAGGCGUCCCUUUACGCUGAUACCGAAAUGGAAGAUGACGUCUCGCUGUCGACCGGGGAUCAAUUGGUCCCGCACGCCGCAGCAUCCCUGAUAAGCCUGCCACCGCCGUCCAUAAGUCACCCGGAGGUGACGGAAGAUACCGUUGUUGCUAUUGAGGAGCCAGUUAUGAGACCGCUCAUAGUUCACCCGCACACGGUCAUAUUGAAUUAUAACCGGAAAGUUCCGCCGUUUAAGAAAACAAUAGCUGGUCGCCUGAACGCCGGGUGCAUAGCGGAUAUGUCAGUCUGUCGCGCGCGGCACAGUCGCGUCUGUUUCGGUCCAAACAACGCCAUGGUGUUUAACACAACUCGUGACGUCAUCGCCGAUUUACCCCGCAAGGCUGAUCUAAACCAACUCGGUAGAUACGUGACGGGCAGAUCGGACGAGGACUGGAGCGAAGCGGUGCUCGCGAGGAUACAAAUUGGACAGGCGGACAACAAAGCCGUUUUGGACACGCUCCGCCGCCAAUUGGAGAGCCUGCUCGACUUUUCGACUCGCGACUCAUCCACGACUGCGACUUGUCCACGACUAGACGUGAAACAGUCGCCGACUGAUCGCAAACGACUAUUGGACAAGUUGUUGGAGGAUGCGUGCAGUGGCGACGAGUAUACCGCAAGGUUUGGCGUCUCAAGUACCUAUUGUGUACAAGUAUGGAAAUUGUGCGAAGCGCUUUGGGGUGAUGAUCUAUUGAACGAUGGUAUACCCGGCACGGAUGAGCAGUCGAUCGUGGGCCGCCACGAGAACUUCAUCAAGUGGCUGAAGGAAGCCGUGGCAGAUGUUACUGAUGCAGAACUCUUGCAGCCAGCCGAGGUGGACCCAGAAGACGAGAAAGACGGGCACAGUGCACGCGUUUGGACCCUAAUGUUGGCUGGACGAAUUCUCGAAGCGUGCAAGCUUUGCAGGCAGAAUGGCGAUUUAAAUAUGGCAACACUCAUCGCUCAAGCUUACGGCGAUCCAUUCUUUCGCACCUUGAUAUCCAGGCAACUGCAUAUCUGGCAAGAAUGUGGUGCGGACACCCUAGUCUCGAGCUACAAGCGCGCCAUACUUUGUCUACUUGCGGGGCAAAGCCCUAGCGCCGAGUUGGAGACCCUUGAUUGGUUGCGAGUGCUCAAUGUGUGCGCUAGAUACCUCUGUCCGCAAAUACCGACAUUGGAGCAAGUGGUUCGCACCUACGAGGCGUUCUUCAGCAAGGAGACGAACGUGGACCUGACCACUGUUGCCGAAGAGAGUGUCAAUAUGCAACUGCCCCUACCGAGCAACGACAACUGUUUUGUUAUUGAAAAGAACGGCUCUUCGCGUCGUGUUCUCGAUCUUCGCUACGAGUUGAUUAGGGCGAGAGCUUUCAACUUGCGCCCGAAGUUUCACCCGGCUUCUUAUACGCCGCAUCCCAUAGACUAUUCCUUGAGUUUCCUUCUCGGCGCGUGGUUUGGUAAACCCUCUGUGCAAAACAUCAUCGGCCUGGCUGAGCAGCUAGAAGGGUAUGGCGAGUGGCAUUUGGCAGUGCAGGUGUUGUUCUACCACCCGGAUGAUGUUGUGCGUGCCCAUUUGAUCCGCGAAUUGAUAUCCCGCCAUGCGCCCGCGUCUAUCGACGAUCCCCGAUUGAAGAGUCGUUUGGAGUUUGUUGAGAAUUUAGGUGUACCGGAGAAGUGGGUGCUCUUGGCUAGAGCACAUCGGGCUAAGUAUGAGCAUCGCCCACAACUGGAAGCGGAGUGUUUGGUCGGCGCAAGCGCAUGGAACGCGGCGCACGCGGUUCUUAUUGAGCACUUGUUGCCCGAGGCUGUACUGUCCGAUAACGUAAAAAGUAUUCAGCCGAUAUUGGACAAAUUGAGCGAGGCGGCGCGCCGAAGCGAAGUCAGCGGCUGGGAGGGUGGGGGCGAAGCCCUAUAUCACUAUAUAUACGUAUGUGAUGAGAUCCGCGGCCUAGUUUCCGCCGCCGAGUCUAGGGAAGGCGAGGACCGAUCCAGUUCUGUCGCGUUUCGGUUAGAGGCCCUUUCGCCGAGACUAGCGGCAGCCUGCAAGGCGUUAACAUUGUUCAAGAGCAAGUCACCUCGUGCGCUUGCCGCCCGCGCAGAAAUGGGCGCCAGGCUAGUCCAGCUGGCGUUGGCCGGCGGACAAGCUUCGGCGCAUCUAGCCGCGCUGCUACGAGAUCUAGACCUGCCACCGGACUGCGCCGCGCAAGCGCAUUAUAAGAUAACAUCGGACCUAGCCGACCAAGCGUCAGAAAUGUGCCUCGAAUCAGCACAGAGUUCGCCUCUGUCGUCUCACCACAGAUCAGCUGUUAAGAGCUAG